AUAGUCCUGUCGGUAGCGCGACCCAGGGCUGCUGGUAAUUAUCUAGUAAACGGAUUGGAGGUCGGUUAGAGAAAGGGAGAGACUCUCCAUUCGGUCCAAACCUUCAUGGCAGCAUCUGUCAUCUGUCCAAAUAAAAGAGAGCGCGACUAGUCCCGUUGCCUGCAUGCCGACGUGAAGUCACCCCGGAGCACCCUAAGAUGACUGGGACGCUGCGCUCUGGCAUGUGAUGGCGUCCAAGGUCCGAGAUGCUGUGCUGUGGUACCAGAAGAAGAUUGGUGCGUAUGACCAGCAGAUAUGGGAGAAGUCUGUGGAGCAAAGAGAAAUCAAGGGUCUGAGGAACAAGCCAAAGAAGACCGGUCACGUGAAGCCCGACCUCAUCGAUGUAGACCUGGUCCGAGGGUCUGCGUUUGCGAAGGCGAAGCCAGAGAGCCCCUGGACGUCGCUGACCCGUAAGGGCCUCGUGAGGGUCGUCUGCUUCCCGUUCUUCUACCGCUGGUGGACACAGGUCACCUCACGAGGAAUAUUCCUGCUGCUGCUGCUGCUCUACCUGCUACAGGUGCUGGUGGCGCUGCUGUACGUGUGUGUGUCGGAGGCGGACGUGCGGGCGGUGCCGGUGACGGAGGUGUGUGGCGGCGGGUGGCUCAUGCUGCUGCUCGGCACGGUGCACUGCCAGAUCGUCUCCACGCGCACGCCCAAACCGUCGCCUAGCAACAGCGGCAGGAGGCGCAGGAAGCUGAGGAAGGCGGUGCACCUGGAGUCCCAUAGGGAGGCGGACGGCUCUAGCACUACUGAUAACACCCAGGAGGGGGCGCCACUCUGCGCCGGCUACACACACUCCUCUCGCCUCUCCUCUCUCCUCUCCGGCCUCUGGCACGGCCUCUUUACACACGGGUCGAGGCGGUCCAAGCUGUCCAUGGAUAAGUCGACGGAGACGGACCAUGACCGUGACCAUGGUUACGUGUCGCUGGACGGCCGCUUCACCAGCAAGAGCAGCGAGGAGGGUCUGCAGCUCAACGCCGACACACACACACACUCACGCACACACACACACACACACCCGCUCUCUCACACACACACACACACACACACACACCCCGAGCUGCUGCGCCCAGACGAACCCUGCUGGGGCACCCUGGGCCCCCGAAACAACCUGCUCCUGCCGCCAAUCAACAAGUGUCUGCCGGAGUCGUUGCUCCCUCGUGAGGCGGAGAACAUCUCGGACGAGGCGUCCAGCGAGGAGGAUCCGGAACAUUCUUACAGCGCCCUCCGCAGGGGAGUGGAGCGCAUGACCAGCGAGGGCUCGCUACGCCACCGCAAGAACACACACUCUUACAAGAAACACUACAGCCCUGAGGAGCAGAAGCAGUCGGGGACGAGCUGCUCGUCGCGGUGCUCCAGCCUGCGCACGGCGGACUCUGAGAGCACGCGGCACGGCUCGGAGACGGAGGAUGUGAUGUGGGAGGACUUCCUGCACUGCGCAGAGUGCCGCUCCUCCUGCACCAGCGAGACCGAACCAGAGGGGGGCGCCACCAACAACACCAGCAGCAGCAAGAAGGAGUACAGAGACGACCCCUUCCACCAGGGCCAUGUCCCCUGGCUGCACUCCUCUAAUCCAGGGCUGGAGCGCGUGAGCGCCAUCGUGUGGGAGGGCAACGAGUGCAAGAAAGCAGACAUGUCCGUACUGGAGAUCAGCGGCAUGAUCAUGAACAGGGUGAACCUGCAGACUCCGAGCAUCGGGUACCAGAUGUUUGGGAACCUGGUUGCCGUGACGCUGGGCUUGACUCCGUUUGCGUACCGGCUGUGCCAGUGUCGUGAGAUGGACUCGCUCACAAACCUGUCACCAGGUGAGCUGGUCUCCGCCGCCUUUGGCUCCAACGACCCCACGGUGGUUACCAUGGUGACCAUCAGCCUGGUGGUGCGCGUGUGUGUCACAUGGCUCUUCUUCUUCCUGCUCAGCGUCGCCGAGCGCACCUACAAACAGAGGCUGCUCUUUGCGAAGCUCUUUGGUCACCUGACGUCCGCACGUCGGGCCAGGAAGUCUGAGGUUCCGCACUUCCGCCUCAAGAAAGUCCAGAACAUCAAGAUGUGGCUCUCGCUCCGCUCCUACCUGAAGAGGCGUGGUCCUCAGAGGUCAGUGGAUGUGAUCGUCUCCUCGGCCUUCUUACUCACCCUCUCAGUGGUGGUCAUCUGCUGUGCACAGCUGCUGCAUGUACAUGAGACGUUCCUGGACUGCCACUAUAACUGGGAGCUGGUGAUCUGGUGCUCGUCGCUCUCGCUGUUCCUGCUGCGCUUCAUCACUCUGGGCUCAGAGACCAGCAAGAAGUACAGCAACACCUCCAUCCUCCUCACCGAGCAGAUCAAUCUGUACCUGAAGAUGGAGAAGAAGCCAAACAAGAAGGAGGAGCUGACGCUGGUCAACAACGUGCUCAAGCUGGCCACCAAACUGCUCAAGGAGCUGGACGCUCCGUUCCGGCUGUACGGGCUGACGAUGAACCCGCUGCUCUACAGCAUCACUCAGGUGGUCAUCCUGUCCGCCGUGUCCGGGGUCAUCAGCGACCUGCUGGGGUUCAACCUGAAGCUCUGGAAGAUCAAGUCGUGACGGUGAGCUGCAGGCCCUGGGCAGCUGCUGCUCUGCUCUGGACAGUUCUCUCCUCUGACCACACGGGGGCGCCGUGGGCCCCGGAGCCCUGACCGCUGCCGUCUCGUCUCCCUCCUGCACCCCCAUAUUUAUUACCCGCCCUCUCAGUGUUCCACUCCUCUGGGUGUAGUGUGUGUGUGUGUGUGUGACUUUUAAAGUGUCGUGUUAGCUAGAGGUGUGUGUUCCCACGGCAACAAGAGAGACUGGAAGAAGACAGACAAACAACAAACAAACAAAUGCUGACAUUUGGAACAGAAGGCAAUUUUGUAUACUGAAGCGUGUGUACGUGUGUGUGUGUGUGUGUGUGUGUGUGUGUGUGUGUGUGUGUAUACUGAAGCGUGUACGUGUGUGUGUGUGUGUGUGUGUGUGUAUACUGAAGCGUGUACGUGUGUGUGUGUGUAUACUGAAGCGUAUACUGUACGUGUACGUGUGUGUGUACACUGAAGCAUGCACCUGUAUGUGUUAUGUGUGUAUACUGAAUAGUGUGUGUGUGUAUGUGGGGGGGGGGGGUUCCAUCUUAAAGAAUUUUCAUUUGUGCGAUGGACAAUGAGGAACGUUGUGUGUGGCGUGACGGCCGCAUGGACAGCGGUCUCAGGUGUGUGUGUGUGUGUGUGUGUGUGUGUGUGUGUGUGUGUGUGUGGUGAAGGCCGCAUGGACGGUGGCCUCGUGUGUGUAAGGAGAAGAGGGGAAAGGGCAGUACAACAGCCAUCCUGAAGGAGGCGCUCUUUCAACGGGAAUCUGCUCUCAAGGCUGCUCUGGGAUUCUACAGUGUUACACCUGCUGUGUGUGUGUGUGUGUGUGUGUGUGUGUGUGUGUGUGUGUGUGUGUGUGUGUGUGUGUGUGUGUGUGUGUGUGUGUGUGUGUGUGUGUGUGUGUGUGUGUGUGUGUGUGUGUGUGUGUGUGUGUGUGUGUGAGUGUAUGCUGAAGCUGUCGGUCCGGUCACAUCAUGUUCAGUGUUUUAGGAAUGUAUGUCAUCUGUACGAUCAUUGUAUGGAGAGCGAGUGUGUGUGUGUGUGUGUGUGUGUGUGUGGGGCAGUUAUAACUUACACCGCUGAGCAGAAAUGGUUCUUCAUCUUGAUGGAUCUUGUCAGGGUUCCACAAAGACAGGGUUCCUCAGACAAGGGUCUCCAUAGAGACCAGAUUCCAUAAAGGGUUCCACAGACAAGGGUUUCCAUAGAGAAUAGGCUCCACAAAUAGUUCCGUAGACAAGGGUUUCCAUAGAGACGAGGUUCCAUAGACAAACGGUUUCCUAAAGAAAGGGUUCCACAAACAAAAAGUUCCACAAAUAAAGGCUGGAGACAGGGUUCUGAACAAACGAGUUAUUUUAACAAUGUGCAAUUAUUUCUCAAGUAUUUGCAAUAAGCUAUAUCUCCUGCUCAGGCUCUGGUUUUCUGGCUGACGUGGUCCUCCAUCCACACAUGACUGUGUGCGCCACACUUAGUCAAUCACUGUUUGGAAGCAGCGCUGGUGGAAGGAACACAAAUACCAACUCCGCAAUAACACUGAUGCACAGCUGCCUGGUACCUUGAGGAGUUCUCUUAUUCCGUUGGGUCCGGUACUCGAAGGAGUUCUCUUAUUCCGUUGGGUCCGUCAGUUCACAGCUGAAAAAGAGAAGACAAAGGAAGUGACAUCACAUGUUUUCACUGCAGAAGCAAUAAGUUGACGGGCCUGUGUUCUCCAGUGUGCCGUUCUCACCUGCAGCCAGAACGUGUGGCCAGGAGCCUCUAUGUGCACGUCUGUGGAAUCUGCUUUAGAUUGUGUGUGUGUGUGUGUGUGUGUCCACUUCAAAAACAAAAGCAUAGAUUGUGUAUACAUGUGUGUUAGUUUAUGUGUGUGAGUGGAGCACUUGUGAACACGCACACUGUGUGUGUGUGUGUGUGUGUGUGUGUGUGUGUGUGUGUGUGUGUGCUGAACCGGAUCUGCCCACGGAGCAGAAGACAUCCAGAGCCCAUGCAGCUGGUACACACGGCCUGCUGCAAUAAGAGGAACCAACGGAAGUGUGUGUGUGUGUGUGUGUGUGUGUGUGUGUGUCCCAUAUUUCAGCGUCAGCGUGUGCCUCCUGCGUUGAUUGGCACAGGACAGUCUGAAGAUGACCAAAGUUCUCCUCUUGUUCCCAUGUUCUAGUUCCCAUGUUCUAGUUCUCAUGUUCUAGUUCCCAUGUUCUCGUUCUCAUGUUCUUGUCUCGGUCUCGGUUUGCUUUAUUCAGGCUGGAAAUGAAUGUAUAUCUGCAAGCUUCACAAACUUUUAUUUUGAAAUGCUUUAAAGAGUUGUUCCUGA